CAAAACCUGCACCAUGUUGCUUCUCCACGCCGCUCCUGCUCCUCCUCUGGCUCUUCUUCCCUCCACGCCGUCGCUUCCCGCCACCGGAUCUAGCUGCCGACCGCUUAUUCGGUCCCGUUUGAGGCUUCUGAGGAAGAAGGCUCUUGGUCGGUCGGUUGUGGCCGCGGCUGGCGAAGGGCAAGCCAUCGCCGGUGUCAUUUUCCAGCCGUUCGAGGAGAUCACGGUAAAAAUGGACUCUCUGGUGCCGAUCGCCAAUGGACACUCCCUCGCUCGCCAGAAAUACGCCGACGACUGCGAGGCCUCCAUCAACUUUCAGAUCAAUGUGGAAUACAAUGUUUCCUAUGUGUACCAUUCCCUGUUUGCCUACUUUGAUAGGGACAAUGUGGCACUAAAAGGCAUAGCCAAGUUUUUUAAGGAAUCCAGCGAAGAGGAAAGGGAUCAUGCUGAGAAGCUAAUGAAGUAUCAGAAUAAAAGGGGAGGAAAAGUAAAGCUUCUCCCAAUCAUCACACCUUUGACCGAGUUUGAUCAUCCAGAGAAAGGCGAUGCACUCUACGCAAUGGAAUUAGCUCUAGCUUUUGAGAAGCUGACAAAUGAGAAGCUGCUAAGUCUGCACAGUGUAGCUGAAAAAUGCAACGAUCCCCAGACGGUGGACUUCGUCGAGAGCGAGUUCCUCGAAGAGCAGGUGGAAGCGAUCAAAAAGGUAGCUGAGUAUGUUGCUCAACUGAGAAGAGUCGGGAAAGGGCAUGGAGUUUGGCAUUUUGAUCAGAUGCUGCUGCAUGAAGGAGGUGCUGCAUGAGCUCCGAGCCUUUGUUCUUCUUAUGGCGACUCAUCUAUGAAUGAGAUGAAAUUUGUGUGAUGUGAAUAAGAAGUGAGUAGAUAUUAUGUACUGGAUCAUGUAUUAGCUCUGGUAGUGAGGACUCUGAGUCUAAGCUUCGUCCAAUUAACUCAGCCUCAAAAUUUGAGUCAUGCCAAGUCAGGUCGAACCUUGUCCGCGAGUCAGGUCAGGUGAAUGCAGCUCAACUCGCGGGCCGGGUCAAGCACGGCUCAGUCCAGGGCCGUGCUGAGUGUCAGGUCAAUAUUUUUAUUUUAAAAAAAAUAGAGUAUCUUAUCCAAACCAUUCACUAAAACCGGCACGUGUCAUAUUUUGCGGCGACCCUAGCACACGUAUCCUGCCUAAUCUGCCACCUGCCACAUACUCCGUGGCCAUGCACCUGUCGCCUCUUCCCUUCUUUAAUAAUCGCAUCGUCUGCAUCACCAUCUCCAUCCACUUGGUUCAAUCGAUCGAAGUAAGCUUCACAGAAGGCAAAUCGGAGCCCGUUUACUUGACCAGUGGGUGCCCGUCGUCGUGAUGGCGCAGGAGACGCUGAGGCUGGCGUCGUCGGCGAUCGGCCACGAGGGCCGUCUGCCGCGCAAGUACACGGGCGACGGCCAGGGGGCCGUCAAGGACGUGUCGCCGCCUCUGGAGUGGUACGGCGUCCCGGAGGCGGCGCGCUCGCUGGCCCUCGUGGUGGAGGACGUCGACGCGCCGGCGGACGCCGACAGCCCCGUCGUCCCGUGGACGCACUGGGUCGUCGUCAACAUCCCCACGACGGUGCGCGGCCUCCCCGAGGGCUUCUCCGGCGAAGAGGAGGCCGCCGGCGGCGAGCACGCCGGCAUCAAGGAAGGGCACAACGACUGGAAGGUCCCCGGGUGGCGCGGCCCCAAGCCACCCACCUCCGGCCACCGCAUCUCCUUCAAGCUCUACGCCCUCGAUCAACCCCUGCAUCUCGGCAACAAGGUGACGAAGGAAAAGCUUCGGGAUUCCAUGGAAGGGCAUGUGGUUGGAGAAGCAGAACUGAUAGCCAUCUUUUAAUUCCCCCGUCGCUGUACUCGCCUUUUUGUUUAACUUCGUGUUCUUGUGUUCUGGACAAAAAUAAGAACUCAAUGUUCUCGAUCGCUCACCAACCAUCUUUAAUCGAAAUCAAUGAAAGCUUGCAUCAAUUAAUUCU